AUGUAUCCUCUUUUGCACUUUGUCUGCAGUAGCGGUGCGUCCGUUGUGCUGGAACGACUUCCAGUGUUGUGUUGUGCAAUUUCUAUAAAUAGAUUAAAGAAAAUUACGAGGAAUAUAAAAUGACGGAAUUAAAUCCAAACAUACAUCUUGAAAUGAAUGCCGUCGAAUUACAGCAGGAGUAUUAUGAAACUAUCGGUGAUGCUGAUUGGGAACUAUUCGAGAAGAAGGACAGAAAAUACCUUCUGCAGAAGGUAGCGGUUGCUCUUUGCGGACCACCGACAAUUGAAGGCAACUUAAUGGAGACUGGGAAUGACAGUGACGAUCUCAAAUUGCAAGGAUACGAAGCUGCAGACGAAGAUACAUGCAUGAAUGUUUUUAAUCGGAUCUUAGAACAAGUAAAAGGGUGCCGGGUAUUUAUCGACCACGAUGGCAGAGAGUAUCAAUCUUGGGAUGAUUACCUGACCAACAACAAACUUCCGAAAUGUGUGAUGGUGGUUCCUCAAAACGGAGAAUAUUCUGGAACGAUCGUCGAAGGGGAAGGUGAAAUGCUGAAAGUAAACCUGACAGUUAUAGGUUCCCCAGAGCUGGGUACUCAAGCACAAGUGAUAAAUGCUGCAGACAAAAUAAGUACAGCGGCUAAUGUGGGGGCGGUGGUCGCCGUGGUGGGGUCUCUGUUCGCGGCUCCCGCCGUAGCCCCGGUGAUGGUUGGAACAGCAGUGGGAGUUGCCACCGUGUCAGGAGUUUACGGCAUCGGAAGGUCGAUCGGGACUUUAGUUGACAGAGCUCAGCAUAAGCAGAGCAUUGGUUUAGACAACAUGGAAGCUCGUUCUAACUGGAUAAAUAUUAUGAUAUCUACUGCCGGUCUCUCCUUUACUGCAGCUGGCAAACUCUUGACUUGGGCUGCGGCGACCGGAAGAAAUGUCAAGAUACUAAUGAGUGCCUUAGACUUUCUUAGGUUCACUAAUAUUGCGUCUGGGUUUAUUGGAGUAGCCAACGGCCUAGGAGACAUGAUCUAUAAGUUCAAGAGGUAUGGUACGACACCCUCCACGCUCGAAGUGUUCCAAGUCACAACAUCCUUCCUUUUCCUUGGCAUUGGAGUGAUGUCAAACCAAACUGCACAGGAAAUCGUCCAAGACGCACAAGCUAACAAAAUAAAUGAAAUCCGAGAAUCUUUAUCUAGCAACAACAAAAGGAAAAUAUUUGAUAAAAUAACGGCAGAAACCCGGAGAUUAAAAGGCCCUAUAGAUGGCAACGCUGAUGUCAUUAAAGGUCUUAAGACAAUAAAUAACAAGGACGAAUUCUUUGGAAAACUAAAGUAUAUGAACAAAGCUUUUAAUAAAAAUAAAGUAAGAAUAUCAUUGGGUUCAGAUGGAAAAGUGAUUAUAAAUAACCAACACAAAGUAAGUCUCUCGAAAAUAUACAAGAUUGGUCCUAAUGCUCGAAAUCAAUUACUAGCGAAAUACGGACCUGCGAAGAUAACCAGCAAGAACGUUCCAACAAGAAUAUACCCCUCGCACGUGGUGGCUGGCAACUCAAACGCACCAGCCUCAGAGCUGGGGUGCACUAUUCGAUCCGAAGAGAUACUCAAAAUUUCAGCAUUCCUCAUUAAUUUAAGUAAAGCUGACGAAGAAUUUAUUCUAGAUUUACUUUCCCUAAUAUCUGAAGAUUUACACCAGGCCUUUUUGUUCUUAUGUACUGAAUUGGUCAGUUCAUUAAUUCCCGUAGAAAUACAGUUACUAGAAUCGAUUUACCCUGAUUGGAAGAGGCGGCUGGUACUCUUUAUAUUUUACUAUUUCAAGUCAAAAAUAACUGAUGAUAUAAAUGAUAGUGUGUUUAUGGCUGUCUUGAAACACUACAUACGUGAAGGUAAAAUUGACAAUGAAACCCUCAUAAUACUUAAGAAGACAAUUAUGGAAUAUUUUAUAGAUCACACAGAAGAAGAACGAGCAGACAAUAACUCAUGGAAAGACAUUGACAAUUAUAUGAAGAUGUAUUUUGGAAAUUUGAAAAUCUUAAAAGUUGGCCAAGAGCUGGAAAUAGGACCACAUAGAAUCUUGGUUAAACAAAUUACAGUAGAUAAUUUGGAAACAGGACUUGCUAAAUAUUCGCAGAAACAAUGCGAUGUAUUAAUGGACCUUUGUUUAAAAAUUAUUUCAAUUUUAAGCAAGGAAGAGGUGUGCUGGUUGAAUUAUGUGAAUCCAGAUGAAGACAUAAUAAUGAGAGUGACCACUUUCCUUCUACAAAACUUUAACGAGUAUGUAGGGCAAAGAUCGGAGGUCGAUGAUAAUACGCUUGCUACGGCAACAUCUGAUCUUCUUGCGUGGCGUAAACUUCAAAAUGUUAGAACGCGGUACAACUGCGAGAAAUGCAACGGAUUAUCUUAUGUUAAAAAUUAGUCUGCGGAAAAAUAUGGCACGUGUAUAUAGUUUACUGUGUAUCUAAUUGACUGCGUGGGUGGCGAAGUACAGACAACGCUACAUAGUACCUACCUUCCCAUGCAAUUUCAUGUUAAGCGUUUGUGAUAGGGUAAAUUCGUCCAUAAAACGUAGUUGUAGGCAACAUUUGAAACAGCCCAAAAGAAAUUGAGGUGCCUUAUUUAAUUAAAAUAUUGUACCUAAGUAUUUUUUAUGUGAUAGUCUCAGAAUACAGAACAAAUAGUUCGGCUAACGAGUUAACGCAUUCUAUCUGAUGGUAAGUAAUCGUUGCCGCCCAUGGACACCCAAACACCAAAGGAGUUACAGGUGCGUCGUCGCCCUUUUGGGAAUUAUGGUUCCAAAGAUUUAGGGACGGGGGAGAGAAAGGAUUGUGCCUCCGGUAACCUCACUCACACGACGAAACACAAGG